GACAGCGCAGAAGGAAAGCAAAGGCAGGAAAUCCUGCUGUCUGCAUCUCACUAACUCUUGGAAAAUUCUGUCCCAGGUGUCAAUGAUCUGCUGAUUUGUUCAGUCCCGUGAAGACCCAAGGCAGAAACUCGUAGAAACCCACAUAAUAUUCCCCAGAAUUGACUGGUGGCAUCCACAAAAGGACUUUGAAACAUUGAAGGAAAGAGCACUGUUCACACUGGGUAUAAACACAUAUUCUCUGUGGGUGCAAGAGUUUGUGAAGAUUCAACUGAAAUGUCUAAACACCAGCACAGUCACACUGGGGAGAGACUGUGGAAAUGUGCAGACUGCGGGAAGGGCUUCCUUUACCCAUCCCAGCUGGAAACUCACCAACGGAGUCACACUGGAGAGAAACCAUUCACCUGCGCUGAUUGUGGGAAGGGAUUCACUUCACCAUCCAGGCUACUGAUACACCAGCGAGUUCACACUGGAGAGAAACCAUUCACCUGCUCCGAUUGUGGAAAAGCAUUCACUCAGUCAACAAAUCUGCGAACACACCAGCGAGUGCACACUAGAGAGAGACCAUUCAUCUGCUCUGAUUGUGGGAUGGGAUUCACUCAGUCAUCCAAUUUACUUAAACACCGGCGUGUUCACACUGGAGAGAAACCGUUCACUUGUUCUGAAUGUGGGAAGGCAUUCACUCAGACAACUCACCUGCUGAUACACCAGCGAAUUCACACUGGAGAGAGACCAUUGACCUGUUCCGUGUGUGGGAAAGGCUUUGCUGACUCAAAUUCCUUGCUGAUACACCAGAGAGUUCACACUGGUGAGAAACCAUUUAUCUGCUCCGAGUGUGGGAAGGGAUUCACUUGCUCAUCUAACUUACUGAGACACCAGAGUGUACACAAUGGGGAGAGACCAUUCACCUGUUCAGAGUGCGGGAAGGGUUUCAAUCGGUCAUCAUACCUGCUGGAGCACCAGCGAGUUCACACUGGAGAGAGACCAUUCACCUGUUCCAAGUGUGGGAGGGGUUUCAAUCGGUCAUCUUACCUGCUGGAGCACCAGCGAGUUCACACUAGAGAUAUGGACCAUUCACUUGCUCGGAGUGUGGGAAAGGAUUCACUCAGUCAUCCAAUCUGUUAACACACUAGCAAAUUCACAAAGAAUCACAGUUGAAGGAUUUUGCUUUCACUCUCACUAAUGAAUGAUCCAUGGUUUAGGGCUGUUUGUGUUAAUGUUAUUAAUUAAAGGUCCUGGUAUUGUAGAUAAAAUGUACAUAACAGUUGUGUAUUUGCAAAGGAGAUUUUGGAAAUGAUCACUGUACAUCAGUGUCACUGUACAUCAAAGUAUUUACACUGAGUAAGACUGUCCAUCUGCUCAGUGGAAAGGGAUUUCCUGGUUCAUCAGGAUUGGUUAACCACCAAUGAAUUUCUCAGUAUGGGAAGUUCUCAUUUAAAGUGGGUUCCGGUAGCACAAUUUGGCUAUAACAUGGCUGAAGAGUUAGGGAAUGGUACUUUUGAGAACGCUUACCUCUGUUCACAAUAACGUGAUUCCAGCGUGUGUCGUUUCAUUCUCUUUGUUCUGCACGUGCCGAUGUCAGCUGCCGUCAGAGCAUCUGGGAGGUAUAAUACUAUCCAUUGAGCAGCUUCACAUCAAAAAUUAAACUAACAAAUGUUCAUUGUUGUACCUCUGAGACAAAAAUAUUCUUGUUUAAUUCCUGUAUAAGCCCUGUACAGUUCCUGCUGGACUGCAUUACUCUCGUACAUACCACCCCGAGAAACAGUCAGAAGAUAAUUGACCACAGUCAUCCACAUCUGCAACCAUAACUUUCCCUGAAGGUGAUGAUGAUAACUCUCUGUCCCUGCAUUAACAAUAUUAUUUCAAUGUAAUGUGUUAAAUUUACUUUUGUCAAUAA